AUGCCUCUAGCCAAGAGUAAGAAUGCGGUCGGGUUGGGCAAUUCGCUCAUGAACGACCGCUUCGGGCGCAACAAAAAGACGGACCAACAUCGUGUAUCAGCGCAACAAUCCGGCUCCAUCGUCCGUCGUGACAUGAAUGGCAACGACUAUGUCACCCCCGGCAAAAAGGAGGCGGAAUGGAUGAAGAUGCGCUCCGUCACCGAACAGGGUGCCUUGGACGAGUUUUUGAGUACGGCAGAGUUGGCCGGCACGGAUUUCACGGCGGAGAAGAUGAAUAAUGUCAAAAUCAUCCAUGUCGACCAGAAGAACCCCUACCUCCUCACACGUGAUGAGGAGCGAGGGGUGGUGAGGAAACAGAAUGCCAAGCGGGCACGGUUGACGGUCCCGAGACGGCCGAAGUGGGAUGAGAAUACGACGGCAAGGGAGUUGGAUGAGAGUGAGAGGGCGAGUCUGCUCGAUUGGCGGCGAGGGUUGGCGGAGUUGCAGGAGAUCGACGAUCUGCUCAUGACGCCCUUUGAGCGGAAUCUGGAGGUGUGGAGGCAGUUGUGGCGGGUGAUUGAGCGGAGUGAUUUGGUGGUGCAGAUUGUGGAUGCCAGGAAUCCCUUACUUUUCAGAUGUGAGGAUCUGGAGAGAUAUGUCAAGGAGGUUGACAAGAGGAAGAGGAAUUUGUUGUUGGUCAACAAGGCGGAUAUGAUGACCCUGGAGCAACGAAAACAGUGGGCUGAAUGGUUCGUGGAGAGGGGGAUUAAUUUCCGUUUUUUCUCUGCUGAAUUGGCGAGGGAGAUGAAUGAGGCGAGAGGGAAUGCGUUUGACGGGUUGGAGGAUGAGGGAGAGGAAGAUGAUGAUGAUGAUGAUGAUGAAGAGGACGAGGAUGAUGAGAUUAAUGAGGAUGAUGUCGAGGAGGAGAUCGAUCUGCCAAAUGAUAAGCUAAACCGCGAUCUUGAGCAAGUUGAUCUGAAAGAUGAGGAAGAAGAAGACGAUCAGUGGGAAGAUGAAGAGAAUGUGGAGGGUGAGAAUGAGGAACUCGACGGCGUCUCUCUACCCGUCGAAGAGCAAACUCGCAUCCUCACCACGGACGACCUGGAAGAACUUUUUCUACAACACUCGCCCAAACACCCCGCACCGACAGAGACUUCUGACUCUACCCGCCAACGCAAAACACAAAUCGGUCUAGUUGGCUACCCAAAUGUUGGUAAAUCCUCCACCAUCAAUGCCCUCCUCGGCGCGAAAAAGGUGUCCGUUUCGGCAACGCCUGGCAAAACGAAGCAUUUCCAAACCAUCCACUUAUCAGACCGAGUCAUCUUGUGCGAUUGUCCCGGUCUCGUCUUCCCCAACUUCGCUACUACAAAGGCGGAACUCGUGUGUGCGGGUGUCCUUCCGAUCGAUCAGCUAAGAGAAUACACUGGCCCUGGUGCACUGGUUGCGCAGCGCGUCCCAAAAGCAUUCCUGGAGGCGAUUUACGGUAUGAAGAUCGCCACCCGACCACUCGAGGAAGGUGGUACAGGUAUGCCAACUGGCGAGGAAGUGUUAAGAUCGUAUGCUAGAGCACGAGGUUUCAUGACGCAAGGGCAGGGUCAACCGGAUGAGAGUCGGGCUGCGAGGAGUGUGCUCAAGGAUUAUGUCAAGGGGAAGCUCUUGUUCUGUCAUCCACCACCUAUGGACCCACCGAUCGAUGGCAGAGAGUUCAAUCGCGAACUGUACGACGAAGCGCAUCUCCCGCAGAAACGCCGCGCACACCUCGCCGCCGCAGCUGAGGCAUCAUUGAACGGUACAGACGACAUAAGCCUAAUGGACGACCCGGACCUCAUCCCUCCUCCCCAAGCUUCCGGUGCAAAGGGCAAACGACUCGACAAAGCUUUCUUCGCGCCCGGUCAGGGGGAUAGCAGGGUCGUGCAGCCUUUCCAUCAUAAGUACUCUCAGCAAGGGAAAGAAUUGACGGGACGGAAGGCCAAGAUGGUGGCGGCGAUGGAGAAGGGGGUUGAUCCGGCGGAGAUGAAGGGGGCGGGGGUGGGGAAGAAGCAUUUCAAGGGUGGGAGGAGGGCGAGGGGGAAUGAGAAGACGGAGAUGGUGGGGGGGAGGAAUGAUUAUGACUAG